UCGGCCGUCAUAUAUAUUACAUGUGCAAUAACAAGCGCGGAGGAAUAUUUAUGUCACACUGCGCAGUUAACAAGUGGACUAAGUGGAUUUUGCGGCUAUAAUUUGGAAAGACGUCACUUUCGCGGGGAAACAUCGGAGGAAGGAUUUCGCGCCAACAGAAUGAACUCCAUUAGGAGAAAAAGAUGUCAUCCAUUGCAGGAUGUCAAGUUGCAUAUCAGAUUAAAGUCUGAUAAGGCUGUGAUUGAAGAGCGUUAUAUUAAUGUUUAUAAAGGAAGAGGAGUGUUCAGCACGGUGGACAUUUGCAAAGGAGAUUUUGUAGUAGAAUAUAGGGGUGAACUGUUGUCGGAGAAAGAGAGUUUUGAACGAAAGAAUGGAUAUAGUGAGGCUAAAAGUGUUUUUCUCUAUGAUUUCCAAUGGAAAGGGAAGAACUGGUGUAUAGACGCAUCUCAAGAGGACAAGUCUUUAGGGAGGCUUGUCAAUGAUGAGCACAGGAAUCCAAACUGUCGAAUGAAAGUAGUAGAUGUUGAAGGAAGUCCACAUCUUUGUCUCUUUGCUGUUAGAGACAUUUUGUCAGGAGAAGAGAUUAAUUAUAAUUAUGGAGAUUCAGAUUGGCCUUGGAGAAGACAGGUGGCUGUAUCAUCCCCACCAAAAGAGAAAAGUGUCCAGAAUGACAGCCAGAUACCCCAGUUGGAGUCUGGCUACAUAGAGGCAAUGGAUGACUCGCACGCCAAAAAAAAUAAGUCGCUAAUGGACAAACAAAUGACCCAGACUAGUGACAGUUUUGGUGAAGUUAUGACUGUGGAGAGAAAACGGAAGUCCUCUAUGGUAAUAUAUCUGUUUUAGAUCGGAUAUACUUUGGACUUAUGUC